AUGGCGAAAGCAAUAGAGCAGAAAAAGAACUCUGGAACUGUGGAAGAGACGAAGCUUGAUAUCCGCGAUGUCGUCACCACAACAUACGGCGGUAGACGCAAUGACGUGGUGAUGGUUGUGCUACGAGCCAUGUGCAUGGUCAUAUCGGUGGUGUCUUUGUUGUUAAUGGCAGGCCUGGCCCAGUAA